AUGUGAUACAUUUUCAUAACGACAAUGAAUUAACAAUUAUAAUUUAUAAAAAAUUCUAUAUAAGCACGUAAAAAACUGCGAAUAAAACAUCAGUAUUAUCAUCAAACAUGUUUAAAUUAGUCGUUAUCGUUGGUGUUUUGCUUCUGGCAACAAAAUCACGGUGCAUCACAACGGUUUUCCAACCGAACGACCCGCGAGCCAACCUCCAGUACCAGAAUUACUGCCAGACCAACGCCGGAGUAACUCAGCAACAAAUAAUAACCAUUGAACCGGACGGUGAGGUUAGCGAAGAAAUCAAUUGUUAUUUCCGCUGCAUCUUCACGCAGUCCGGUUUCUUGGACGAAAGCGGUUCGGUUGUGGUCGAAAACUUCAAACUCAACCCCUUCAUGAGCAACAUAGACUACAAUUGUCUGCAAAAUUUGAACACCAUCAACGAAUGCAACGACAUGAACCAAUUGUACGGUUGUAACAUCUAAUCGGGUGAUGUUUAGUGUCAGUUAAUAAACGUAGUAAAGCAAC